AUGGGCCUGUCCUGUCUUCUGGCUCUAUUCUGCCUAUCGGUGCUUUGCUUCCAUGGCUGUGGCACCACUCCUUGUUCCGAACUGUGUCGCUGUUAUUCUCGAGAAAAUGUGCGUGUAAUGGACUGUUCGCAUUCCACGCUGCAAAGAUUUGUUCCCUUCGAAACGAUUCUCAACGAUUCGCAGUCCUAUAACUCGGCCAAACCCAUCUCGAAUAAUUAUGAAUUUAGUCUUUCGGAAGUGGUAGAAGUAGACAUUUCACACAGCAAUUUGGAAAAUGUCCCAAGUUUCGAUGGUUUUUAUCACCUAAAACGAUUGAAUUUGGCAUAUAAUAAAAUACGCAGUGUUUCGGAUGAGGCAUUGGCAUCUCUAAGAUAUUUGGAAGAACUAAAUUUAUCGCACAAUCAAAUUUCUUACAUUUCCGGAAUUGCAUUUAAAAAUAUUCUUCCGGAACUGCCGCUGAACUUUUCAAGUCUCAAAACACUUUCACUUGCUAAUAACACAAUAUCCCACUUACAAUCGAAAUCACUGAUGAAAUGUUACAAACUAGAAAAUUUGAAUUUGGCUCGGAAUCCUUUCCUAGAAGUACCGGCUCAAGCUCUACGUCAUGUUGCAUCAACAUUGGUUAAGUUAAAUCUCAGUUCGACACAUAUUACAACAAUUAGAAGUGAUGAUUUCGCUAACCUUCUCGUUAUUCAGGAGAUUGAUUUGUCCAAUACGAAAAUGGCAAAGAUAGAAGAGAAUUCGUUCCGAAAUCUUCCCAAACUGCUGCAACUUCACCUGAAUGAUAAUCAGGAACUGAAAGAGAUUCAUCAUGCCGCAUUCCGGUCUCUACCCUCACUGCUGCUCCUUCACCUUCACAACUGUAAUUUAUCGUGCUUGCAUGACCUCAACCCACAACUGUUCCAAUCUCUUCAGCGUUUGACCCUGCAUGGCAAUCCACUUCUUUUUAAUUGCAAUCUAACAUGGCUUCAGCACUUCAGACAUACUACUGUAUUAGACAGACAAGGAAUAAAAUGUAUUAGUAAUAGCAAAAGAUAUCAGGAUUUGCAUACUUCCGGAAAAUCUCCCCCAAGGAUAGUUGGUUUGCCUGCUGCUACCGCUGUUAUGGAGAGACAGAGAUUAGUCCUGACUUGCAAUGCGAUCGGUAACCCAAGACCAACUGUCCAGUGGCGAGAUCCAACGGAUACUGAAACUCCAAAAGGGCAAUUCUUAAUUUUUGAAGAAAUCAAUCAGAAUCAAUCCGGUACCUAUCACUGCUUAGCAUACUCUGAAGCAGGUUCAGUUGAAGCAAAAAUUUCUGUGGAGGUCAUCCCUGAUCUUAGAUUGCAAGUAUUUUCUAUCAAUUCAACAGUGGCAUUAGUGACCUGGAACGGAAGACUUCCGGUUAUUACAUCCAGACUUCGUAUUCGAUUUCGAGACAAUUCGACAGAAUUCGUGAGAGAUGCAGAAGUGGACGAGGAAAAGAUAGCAGUUCGAUUCUUUCGAGAAAUAUUUGCGGACAGUGUCGAAGUUUGCCUGCUGGAUGGUGAAACGGAGUUGAUUUGUGAUUAUUUUGAUAAUCGAGAUGAGAAGCAAGGUAGCUUCUUGUACCUAAAUCUUUUCAUUAUUUUAUUUUGCUUCUUGCUUUGUAUUUAUAGUCUGAAAUCUAAGCUUAAGCAAGUAGAUCGGACAGUUAAAAUGAUGAGGAUGACAAUUAAUCUGGAUAGGGGUCCAGUAUUUUACAAUUCCAACGCUUUAGCAAUCGAAAUUGUGAGUAGGACAGAGUUAUAA